AUGGAUGUGCACGCAGCUGCCUUGAAUGGUGAUGUAGAAGAUGUUCGCCGAUAUAUCGCGGGCUCGGGUGAUCCGAACAUUCUCAACGAUGCUGGCAUAACGCCGCUGCACAGUGCUGCCGUACAGGGGCAGUGGGAAGUUAUCCGUGUGCUUGUCGCCGCGGGGGCCGACACAGACCUGAAGGUGUGCCGUGAUGGAGGAAAAGGAGGGGCGACUCACGACGCUUCUCCGCUUCUUCUGGCCGUUGUUGGUGGACAUCUGGAAGCGGCACGUGUUCUUUUGGAAGGCGGGGCGGAGGUGGGAGCGAAGAACUCGAAGGGUCUCACCCCGCUCCACGUCUCCUGCCUCAAGCCCAACCCCGAAAUGGUGUCGUUGUUGCUACUUUGGGGGGCCGACACAAACGCCCGGGACAGGAAGAAGAGGACCCCAGAACAAAUCGUAGACGCAGCUUCUGUUGAGUCGGACGCCGGUGGAACACAGGGUCCAGCAGAGGUAGAACAACCUGCUUCAUCGGUCAACGUUCACUCUAAUAAUCAAGCACCAGCAGGAGCAACUGCAGCAAGCGCCCACGACGCGGCUUCGGUGGUAACUGCGCCGGCAACCGGGGGUGGGAAGGGCGGAGCAGCGGGAGCGCCGGCGGCGACAUCUGCCGCGGUAGAAUUCGCGAGCCGCGCGGUUUUGGAGGGAGAGUACGAGCUAGAAAAGAUCGGUCAGAAGUUCUACCACAAGUACUCCGGGAACUCUGCUGGAUACAUGGAUCGAAUUCGACCAUAUGCACGACAGGUGGUGGAGGUCUGCCAGUGGCUCCACCGCCUGGGCAUUGUGUGGGGAGACGUGAAGCCCGAAAACUUCGUGGAAGGGCAGGACGACGAUCUAAAGGCGAUAGAUUUCGACUCGGCGUGCAGUCUCUCCGGGGGUAUGGCCUCCCUGGACAAGGACGUCGCAGAACGUGUUCAGCGUCGCUUCAGUGCCGAUCAUGUUCUCACACCCAGGUACUGCGCGCCUGAGCGAGCGCGAGCGUCGGUGUCGGGAGAGUCCUGCCUAGCCACCAAGGCAACCGACAUCUGGUCCGCAGGGAUGGUGCUAUUCUGGCUCCUCACCGGGCAGGACUACUUUGAAAACGGUCUGGCGGAUGAGGAGGUGGUGAUGACCCUGUGCUCAUCGGGGUUUACUGUGUCGUUGGCGGGCGUCGACCCAAAACAAGAGCAGGCUAGGAACUUGUUGGGGACAAUGUUGAGCCACAUACCCCAAGGGCGGGGGAGCAUGGACAGCGUCCUUGGUCGGGCUUUCUUUGCCGGAGGUGCGAGCGUGACCGCGGCAAAAAUGCAGGCAGAUAUGGCGGCCUCGCUCGGAGGCGUUUCUUCGCGACUCGAAGCCACCAUCCGAGAAGAAGGCGGCGCAACUAGAUCGCUACUGGAUGAAAGCAUGAAACGGCUCGAGUCCAGGGCCGACGAGAUUUUGAGCAAGCUGGGGAGGAUGGAUCGUAUGCUGGACCAUUUGGUGGACGGGAACGCAGACUGCCCCCGUCUGUUCGUCUUGACUCCUGUCGAAGGAUCUCAAGAGAUAUGGAAGCCAGAUACGUGGUUCUCGGACUACAACUUGCUCACCUUCCUGUGCGCGCACGACCUAGCGCCGAUUGGCAAGGGUAUCAAAGUCCCAUGCCCUAGGAGCAACCUCGAAAAAUGGGCACCAGCCAUUCAGGCAAGCGCUUUCGUCUUGAAGCUGGGGUCCAAGGCAGCAUGCAUGACCGUAGGAGUCUCGCCUGCGGCCGUGGAUGGAAUGUCGGCCGCGUUAGGGAUCAACUUUCUCGCUGGACGGAAGGUGUCAGCAGCACUACGUUCGGCCGCUGGCAAGGCCUUGGGCGACGUCAAGGGCUCCAGGUCUGAAGACGCCAAGCACGACACUGCCGGGAACCAGACGUUGCGGACCGAAGAAAGGUCGGAAACGCCGGACGAAGAAGAGGGACGGAUACUAACAGGGGAAGCGUACGAGGCCCUGGUGUCCUUUCUGGACGAAAAUGUCCCGUCAUGGAGAGCAACGUUGGCUGUGGAUAUGACCAAGGCGAUCAGAGGGGAUGGAAAGGCAAGCGUUUGGCGGAGUAUCCCUAGCGAAAUCACUUGACGGAGUAUCCUUAGCGACGACGGUGACGGUGUGUGGACACACUACGCCUAUCGUCGUUCGCACGUCCUUGAACCCAGACUUUGUACAAUGCCACAAGGCAAGGUAGCGAUCCAACCCGUUGAACAGGCAUCACAAUGAUCGGAGCGUCUCGAUUGGCCUGCUCUUUCAACUCAUUUGGUGUGCGCUUGGAAGCGAAAUUAAUGAUUUCCUAAAACCAACGCAUGGCAUAGGUGUCUUGGACGUGUCACGAGCAUGUAUCCGCGUGGAAUCGGUCUGGUUCCGUUUCAACCGUGACGGAGGAAGGCGGGAGCGACUGCCGAACAACUGGCGCAGCGAUAUCCUCCUCGUCACCUCUGGACGCUGGUGGUCCCGAUACGAGCGAUGCACAAGGUCUCAUGAUUGACAAGGCCUCGGUGGCCAUGACACGAGCGAAAGAUGCCCGGGAGGGCGCUCCAUCACUUCUUGACACAGGAAGCAGAAGUGAAGCUGGUAGCGACAUGCCCGUCGGCCGUGGCAAUAAUCGGAAGCAAGGGAAAUCACUUGGGGUGUUUGCGAAGAUCAAAGGGCGUUUAGGGCGUCACGCGGGGUAGCAUAGAAUCCUGUUCAGAAGAUCAAUAUUAUUGUGGCGAGAAACAUUUGCUUCCGUGGGGGUCAGAGAAACUGACUUGUCGUUUCAUCUCCUCAUGAUGCCCUGCACCAUUACGAACGAUCUGUUGGCCAAUGUGGCAGCUACGUCCAUGCCAGCAUCGCGGUUAGACAGCUAGACAUCGUCGUGAGGCGGCGGAGCUGACUACCUUGGCCUGGCAGGAACUGAAAACCUAAAUGAGUUGUGGUAGUCACAUGGUCAGCCCAUGGUAUACGACGCAGAGAAGCUUUACGGGUGCGCACGAAAAUACUAUGGUACAGUCAUUCGUUCCUUUCAGUGAUAAUCGAAUUCGUCCUGACCUUCAUGGGAAGCAGAAAUAUCCUUUGCCCGAUUUGGUGCUCAGAAGAUGCGUCUAGGAGCAAUACGAUCAGCCAGCGUCCAGACUUCUUUGGUAAAUAUUUACCAAAGUUUGUCCACCGCUCGCAGGAGACCUCACCAACAGUGCCCCUGUGCCAUAAUUAACAAACGCUGUUUAUCCUUUCACCCUUCGGUAAUCAAUUCCACGACCGUUGUACGUAAAAACAGGCAGGAAAAUGUGCUAGGUACGAACAACUUUGGUUCAUUUUCUAAAUGUUGAGGUUUACAUGCAUUUUCUCCAAGCUACCAUCUAUAGGUUUAACCCCACCUUUGGCCAUAGCCUGGUUGCAACAUUCCAAUCCCCCAAAAUAGCAAAGCAUACAGCACACGCAAAGACUCAUUCGCGCCCAACCCCAAAGGAUCAAAACGCCCAGCCCAAUCCUACUUCUCAGGCCUCUAGCGACCUGGAAAGCAUUGUAUACGUUCGACGUCGAACGUGUAAAUGUAACGAACGAGCGUUUUUCUUUCGAUGAUAACACUCCCUAGGCUCAUUUGAUUCCCAGAUUUUCCUCUUAUCUACUGUUACAGUUGUCCCUAAAACAACCCCGAGUCCGUCCAAGUCAAAUGUCGACCCAAAUCGGCGGACACAACAACCUCAACCGGUCCAAGCCAGCAUGGCUUGGCACUCCAAAUAAGUCCUACUGAUACAUUCAGGCUAACUACAGGAUAGCAAACAACUCCUGCCUUAUCGACCUCGGUGUCGAGAGGCGGGCCGUUUC